AUGACCGUCCAACGUCGACUUCUCGCACUGGCAAUUGGGUUUGCCAUGUUCGUUGCUCUCUUGUUCGGCGAGCCGGUUGCAAGUGCUAUACCCGCGGCACCGGCGACCAUCGACCAACGACUGCGCACCUCGAUCGGAAAUGCGUACCGUGCCCAAGGCAAACACUGGCAACUCGUCAACGCGUUCGAGCCAGACGUAGCCGGCCCCGCUAACGUUUGGCUCGCCCACAAGCAUUUCUACCGUGAUCAAGCUUGGAACCUAGCAGAAACGUACGGCGCCCACCCGCUGGGAAUUCGGUUUGAGGGCGAGGACGGAGAGCGAUUCCGCUACUUUUACAGCCCUAUCUACGCAGGUACAGACCUUGGUCAGCGCAUGGGAUUGUCCUCGCAGGGAACCGAACACACGGCUCUGGUGCUUUGGAGGCUCCAGGAGGGACACGACGUGGGCAAUGUAGUCAAGGUCUACAGAUUCGCGGAUCAGGGCUUCCAAUGGCUUCCUCAUAUGGACUCGCUCGGAGCUGCCAUGCAGACACAUCUGGCACUUUAG